AUGGUCUCGCGUCCUCCAAGUCCAGUCCGCCCAUCGAGAGAAUCUAACAGGUCUCUGGAGCACUCCCUUCGUGGACCAGAUUUCGAUCGUGAAUAUCCCCGCUCCGACUCAAGAGAGACAUACACGAACCAGAGAAACCCAAGUCCCGACUAUGGAUCAUCUAAGAAAUACUUACUUCGUGAAGUUGAGGGACCCCCGGAGCUUCAUGGACCAGGUACCAAGAAGAGCACGGCCCCCAGUGGCUUAUUAUCCUGGGGAUGGGAAAUUGGCGCAUCUGUUUUGAGUGUUGCAUGUGUGGUCAUCCUGAUCGUGCUGUUAAACCACCUGGAUGGAAUGUCCUACGCCGACUGGGCAUACAGAGUCUCUCCAAACGCAGUGGUCGCGGUGGUAGCAACCGCUAACAGAGCUACACUGCUAUUUCCGGUUGGGGUUUGUCUCAGUCAACUCAAAUGGAAUCACUAUCGCAGCCAAAGACGGCUAUACGAUCUAUACGCUCUGGAUCAGGCCAGCCAAGGAAGCUGGGGUUCUUUGCAGCUGAUCACCACGAACCGUCCCAGCCUGGCUACGCUCGGCGCAGUUACCUUGGUUCUUUCGGCCGCACUCGAUCCCUUGACCCAGCAGAUUCUCACGUUUCCUUCCCGUAUCGUUCCCGCUUUGAAUGAGACUGCUUCACUGCAAACUGCUCAGGCCUACGUACCCGGCAACGCAAACAGCGACAAUACUAUGAGUCUCCUCAUUCUCCAAAGUAUCUAUGGAUCAGACAAUACCCAGGAGCCGACUUGCAGUACAGGCUCGUGCAAGUAUCCGACUUUCGACACGCUAGGGGCAUGCAGCAAAUGCCAGGAUGUCACCUCGCAAUCUAGGCAGAGUUGCACUGCUCUCUCCACAAACAGUUCGUAUGCCAGUUUUUUCAACGGCACCGCAUAUGGAGGGGCCAAGCCAAAUUGCACGUACAAAACUCCGGGAGACCUACAGAUAACGCCGGACAUCUUCGAAGCAGCUACUGUAGACAUUGGAUCUGAAAACGCAAUUGAACUCGAGAAGGAUACCUGGACAUUCGCAACUACUGAUAUGGAUCGCCUAAACCUCAGCAGUUCCCAAGGGCCUCGGGUUGCUGGGAUCCUAAACCCAAUAGUUGGCCUGGCAGCGGCGAUAUACGAUGACCCCUACAUAAUAUAUACGGCCGAAAACCAUACUGUCUUGGAACCAAAGCCACAAAUCACUGAAUGCGCACUUUAUUUCUGCGCCCAGAGAUACACAAACAACAGCUACAGCUCUGACCAUCGGUCACUUGCAGCCUCUGAGACGGAGCAGCUCUAUACGAAAAACAAAUACUUCCAAAUGUUCUACCCCAAUGAGCUGGCUCCGCUGAAUAGCUCCACCCCGAGCUUCGCAACCAACGGCUCCUACGCCAUCUCAGGAAAUACUGUGCUGCAAAUCCUCAACUCUUUCACAUCUACAAUAUCACUCUCUGACCAAAUUGAAGCUGGAUGGACGUAUUCCGUGCAGGAGGGGAAAGGUACCAGCCCUGUUAUGAAGAACGUUGCUGUUGGAAUUACAAAGGGAAUUCGCGCUGGGCCGAACAGCACCACAAUCACCGGGGAGGCAUUUACCACGCAGACGUAUAUAUCCGUGCGCUGGUUUUGGGCCGUGGCACCAAUUGUGAUCACUAUCCUGUCGAUCUUAUUCUUGAUUUUGAUUGUUGCGCAUACUGCGAGGGCUAAAGGAGUGGGAUUGUGGAAGUCAUCAGCGCUGGCGUUGCUAGCGUGUCGUGUGACGCAGGGGCCUGAGCAUCCGGACCUACAGAAACUUAGGGAAGCUGAGAUGGAGAAGGUCUCGAAACGUAUGUUUGUCUCGUGGGACAGGGAGAGCGAGCCGUUGACUUUGAGGGUUGAUGGGGUCAAGAAGGGAUGA